AUGUGCAUUCAAUAUGUUAGCAGUGAAUGUCCUAUGGGCUGUCCUUUGGAUCACGCCCCAGGCCCUGGCGCUGGAUUCCUGCGCAGGACAGUCGUUCGGAUCUAGAGCAGUCGACCCAGAAGAUUCCCGCUCGUAUAUCCUUUGCCUGGGCUUUCUAGGCCAGAUUAAGAACACAUGCAACGAUGGACACCUCUUCGAUGGCCAAAGUCAGGGCUGUGUGGCUGAAAACCAGGGAACCGAAAAGAAGAACGAGAAGGUCGAGGACAAGAUGGGACUAAAUAUCAAGCAAAAUAUUAAGGUUGACAGGCCUGUGAUUUUUAAUAUCUUUGGAAACAUGAAUAUCUUUGGAAGUCUUUGGGGUAAUUCCCAAGAAUCGACUACUUCAGGACCUCCAAACUCGAACUUUUUGCUAACCAAAUUUUCCCUCGAAAGUUCACCCGAAAAAGUUAUGGAUAUCUCUAGCGUUUACCAUAAGGAUCUGUAUGCCUUGGGUGAUACAUCAUCGCCAGCAAUACAAUCUGAAGCAUCUUUGAAAGACAUCAGUUCUAGCUCCGAAGAUCCGUUGUCAACGAGUGCUGCUGAAGAUUCAUCCUCAACAGAAUCUCCAUCAGAAAGUUCGACCCAAGAAAGCAUCUCUAGCUCGGAAAAUCCUCUGACGACUGAGGCAUCUGUGGAAGACACCAGCUCUAGCUCCGAAGAUCCGUUGUCAACGAGUGCUGCUGAAGAUUCAUCCUCAACAGAAUCUCCAUCAGAAAGUUCGACCCAAGAAAGCAUCUCUAGCUCGGAAAAUCCGUUGACAACUGAGGCGUCCUUGGAAGACAUCAGUUCUAGCUCCGAAGAUCCGUUGUCAACGAGUGCUGCAGAAGAUUCAUCCUCAACAGAAUCUCCAUCGGAAAGUUCAACGCAAGAAUCCGAAUCAAGUUCGGAAAAUCCUCUGACGACUGAGGCGUCCUUGGAAGACACCACCUCUAGCUCCGAAGAUCCGUUGUCAACGAGUGCUGCUGAAGAUUCAUCCUCAACAGAAUCUCCAUCAGAAAGUUCGACCCAAGAAAGCAUCUCUAGCUCGGAAAAUCCUUUGACAACUGAGGCGUCCUUGGAAGACACAAGCUCUAGCUCGGAAGAUCCGUUGUCAACGAGUGCUGCAGAAGAUUCAUCCUCAACAGAAUCUCCAUCGGAAAGUUCAACGCAAGAAUCCGAAUCAAGUUCGGAAAAUCCUCUGACGACUGAGACAUCUGUGGAAGACACCAGCUCUAGCUCGGAAGACCCGUUGUCAACGAGUGCUGCAGAAGAUUCAUCCUCAACAGAAUCUCCAUCGGAAAGUUCAACGCAAGAAUCCGAAUCAAGUUCGGAAAAUCCUCUGACGACUGAGGCAUCUGUGGAAGACACCAGCUCUAGCUCCGAAGAUCCGUUGUCAACGAGUGCUGCUGAAGAUUCAUCCUCAACAGAAUCUCCAUCGGAAAGUUCAACGCAAGAAUCCGAAUCAAGUUCGGAAAAUCCUCUGACGACUGAGGCAUCUGUGGAAGACACCAGCUCUAGCUCCGAAGAUCCGUUGUCAACGAGUGCUGCAGAAGAUUCAUCCUCAACAGAAUCUCCAUCGGAAAGUUCAACGCAAGAAUCCGAAUCAAGUUCGGAAAAUCCUCUGACGACUGAGACAUCUGUGGAAGACACCAGCUCUAGCUCCGAAGAUCCGUUGUCAACGAGUGCUGCAGAAGAUUCAUCCUCAACAGAAUCUCCAUCGGAAAGUUCAACGCAAGAAUCCGAAUCAAGUUCGGAAAAUCCUUUGACGACUGAGGCGUCCUUGGAAGACACCAGCUCUAGCUCCGAAGAUCCGUUGUCAACGAGUGCUGCAGAAGAUUUAUCCUCAACAGAAUCUCCAUCAGAAAGUUCGACCCAAGAAAGCAUCUCAAGCUCGGAAAAUCCUUUGACGACUGAGGCGUCCUUGGAAGACAUCAGCUCUAGCUCCGAAGAUCCGUUGUCAACGAGUGCUGCAGAAGAUUCAUCCUCAACAGAAUCUGCAUCAGAAAGUUCGACCCAAGAAAGCAUCUCAAGCUCCGAAAAUCCUCUGACGACUGAUGCAUCCUCUGAUGACAGCUCAUCCACUUCAUCAUCCACAGAAGCUUCACUUGAAAGUUCCACCCAAGACAAUCAGGAUAGUACGGAUUAUUUAUCGUCAACAGAACCAGCAACUGAGGGUUCCACAGAGGCUAGCUCAGAAAUUCAAUCGUCAACAGAGCCAUCUUCGGAAAGCUCAACGGAGGAGAGUAUUUCCAGUUCCGAGAGUCCGUCAACCUCAGAGCCACCUCCAGAAAGUUCGACGGAAACUAAUAAUUCCAGCACGGAAAAUUCAUCGGAAAGUCCCUCAUCAACUGAACCUUCACAAAGCACAGCAAUUCAGUCGUCCACAGAAUUAUCACCACAAAGUUCGACGGAAGUGAACUCCAGUACUGAAAUUUCUCCCUCACAAAGUACCACCGAGAAUAAUAAUAUUAGCUCCGAAACACCAUCUGUCACAGAUCCUGUAGAAAGUUCGACAGAAGAGAGUAUUUCCAGCACAGAGUCCAUAUCUUCGACAGAACCUUCGCCUCAAAGUACCACACAGGAAAAUAUAUCCAGCUCUGAGAAUCCAUUGACCACAGAACCAACAUCAGAGAGUACAACUGAAGAGAAUUUAUCCAGCUCAGCUAACCCACCAACUGAUAAUCCCUGCACCAUUCUGCCACCUCCGGAAAACUCAACAGAAAUUCCCGGAAGUCCAUCUACCUCAGAAUCAUCACAAGAUACCACAGAAAAAGAUAGUGGCUCUGGGAACGCUGGUUCUGAAAACGGUGGCCCUGGAACCGGGUCUUCAACUCAACCAUCACAACAAAGUUCUACAGAGCCCACAUCCGAAAGUUCAACACAGGAAAAUAUAGGUGGUUCCUCUAACCCACCAACGGAUAUAUCAUGUACAACUGUUUUAGAAAGCUCAACUGUUAAUUCACAAAGUCGAUCAUCUUUUGGUCUAUCAUUGAAGCUUCAGGAGGAUUCAGUCAAUGCUCAACAAGUAGAACACACAGUCUGUAGUAACAUGCCGAAUGGAGUUUUUCUCAGGGAGCCGCAUUCUUGCAGCAAAUAUUAUAUUUGUUUGAAUGGAAAGUCCAUUUCCGGCAAAUGUCCUAGGAAUCUUAACUUUGACAUGAAGAGAAAGGUAUGCAAUUUCCCUUACUUUGUGGAUUGCUCUAUCGAUGGAAUCCCAGAGACCACUUUCUCCACUCCAGGACCCUUAAGUUCGACAUCUUCGGCUUCCACUGAAGCAAUACUGACUACUACUCCGGCACCACUAUCAGAAGACUUAAAGAAUAAGGGUCUGUCUGCCUUAGAGUCCAAGAAAGGACUUAAAAAGAAAUCAGUUAGUUUAUCAGUUAAGACCAAGGAAAACUCCACAGGCAACCAAGAAGACCGCACAGUUUGUAGUGACUUACCAAAUGGAGUUUUUCUCAGGGACUUGAAGUCUUGCAACAAAUUUUAUAUUUGUUUGAAUGGUAAACCCGUUUCCGGCCAGUGUCCCCGCAAUCUCAACUUUGAUAUUAGGAGAAAGGUGUGCAAUUUUCCCAGCUUAGUGGAUUGCUCUGUCAAUGAAGCCCCAGAGGCAAAGAGACCUCCCAAAGAUCUCAAAGACGGUUCUGUGCCUGAAUGUAAAUCGGCACGAAAUGGUGCAUAUAUCCGUGACCCAAAGUCCUGUAGCAAGUUUUAUGUCUGUGCCAAUGGUCGUGCCAUAUCGCGACACUGUCCCAGAGGCCUAUACUUUGAUUUCAAGUUGAAAUUCUGCAAUUUCCCAACUCUGGUUCAAUGUGCGGUAGAAGGAACCCCAGUGGAUAAUCCAGAACCAUUGGUGAUGGAGGACAGUAUUCCGGAUUGUGGAAAACUAGAAGAAGGCAAAGCCUUUGCUGACAUCAAACAGCAUAAUAAAUAUUAUGUUUGCCUUAAGGGAAUGGCUGUCUUGCACUAUUGCAGUCCAGGACAGUGGUUCGAUCAUCAAAGCCUGAAGUGCACAGAUCAGCGUUUGGCUAAAUUAAUUUACCUUAAGGGAAACCAUAAAACUAAAGUAUUAUAAUCUUUUAACUAGGAAUAAACUAAUGGUGAAAGGUGCAUUCAUUCAUUCUUUAAAUAAGUUCGCUUAGACAUGUAUAUUAGAUAUGUACAUAUAUAAUCUUUUAACUUGGAAUAAACAUAUUCUCUACAUUUAAUUAGUAGGCUCAGCAA